AUCCUGAAAAACAGCAAAUGCCUCUGAAGCCGGUUUGCAGGACUGGGGGUACAGUGUAUACUCCUGAAACACACUAAUCACAGCCUCUCCAUGCCUGCUUGUGGGGGUGGCAUCUGCCUGCUCUGCAAUUCACCUCAACCUCCACCGGCAACACCCCUGUUUUUCCAGUUUGGAACAUGCUAAAGUAAAAAAUAAUAAAGUGCCAGCUGACCUGAAGCAUUUGAUGUGGGCGUACCCUACAGAAACACUCCAGACUGCAUCGCUGAAAACUCAGCAGAUUCUCUAUCACAGAAGGCAUUGGCAACUAACCUACAUGACUGAGGAGAAACACCAGAUGCCAGCCUGCAAAUUCUACUAACUAGUAUUACUGGAGACACCCAAAUCCUUCAAAAUCAACGGAAUAACCAGGAGCUAGCACAAUGGAGAUGCCUGGGGUUGACGCCACUGCAGCCAAUACCACCUUGAUACCUGGGAAUGUCACCCUGUGCAGCAGAGACUACAAGAUAACUCAGGUUCUCUUCCCCUUGCUCUACACUGUCCUGUUCUUCGCCGGACUCAUCACAAACAGCUUGGCAAUGAGGAUUUUCUUUCAAAUCCGCAGUAAAUCCAACUUCAUUAUUUUCCUUAAGAACACAGUCAUUUCUGAUCUUCUCAUGAUUCUAACUUUUCCAUUCAAAAUUCUCAGUGAUGCCAAACUGGGAGCCGGGCCUCUGAGAACCUUGGUGUGCCAAGUUACCUCUGUCACGUUUUAUUUCACAAUGUAUAUCAGUAUAUCAUUCCUUGGAUUGAUAACCAUUGACCGCUACCUGAAGACCACCAGGCCAUUUAAAACUUCCAACCCCAGCAACCUCUUGGGUGCAAAGAUUCUUUCUGUUGUCAUCUGGGCCUUCAUGUUCUUCCUCUCACUGCCGAACAUGAUUCUCACCAACAGGAGGCCAGAGGACAAGAACAUAAAGAAAUGUUCCUUCUUAAAGUCAGAGUUUGGACUGGUCUGGCAUGAAAUAGUCAAUUACAUCUGUCAAGUCAUUUUCUGGAUUAAUUUCCUAAUUGUCAUUGUUUGUUACAGUCUUAUUACAAAAGAACUCUAUAGGUCCUAUGUAAGAACAAGAGGUGUAGGCAAAGUUCCCAAGAAAAAGGUGAAUAUCAAAGUUUUUAUCAUCAUUGCUGUGUUCUUUGUUUGUUUUGUUCCCUUCCAUUUUGCACGGAUUCCCUACACCCUGAGCCAAACGCGGUCUGUCUUUGACUGCGCUGCUGAGAACACUCUGUUCUAUGUGAAGGAGAGCACCUUGUGGCUGACGUCCCUGAACGCCUGCCUUGACCCAUUCAUAUAUUUUUUUCUUUGCAAGUCUUUCCGAAAUUCCUUGACAAGUAUGCUGAGGUGUUCUAAUGCUAUGUCACCCUCUGGAGAAAACAAAAAGAAAGGACAGGAAAGUGGUGACCCAAGUGAGGAGACCCCAAUGUAAAAUGUGACUUGAGGGCUGCUUCAGUCUGUAGUGUGCAGACUCCUCUGAGGAAAUCACCACGCAAAAAUAGUAACACUCAUUUAAAAGAAGCUGAGCUAACGACUCUUUAGAUAACCAAUAAAAUAGGGAAAUAAUCUUUAUCUAAUAUAUAUAUAUAUAUAUUAGAUAUAUCGCAUAUAUAUAUAUAUAUGCCAUCUUAAAAUACAAGGGAAAAUACUAUCUGCAGAGGUAUAGUAAAAUAAACAGCAUCCUAUUGCUAUACUGCAAGCAAACCCACAAAGAAUUAAUGCCUUACCCAGUUUCUGCAAAUUGAGCAAUCAUGAAGUGUAACAUUCACUGGCAUUUUAAAAUCCAUUACCAAUCAGUAUUAUUUUUGUAAUAAGUGAAAAAUUUAUGCCUGACCUGAUACAUCAAGCACAGUAACUACUGACUUCUCAUUUAUAGUAACAGGGGGGACAACAACCCCACAGACACUUAAACCAAAUGAAAUGGCAUUGGAUGAGGCCUGAAUUAGUAUAAAUGCUCACUAAGAUGGUAGAGGUUUAAAGAUGUAUCUUUCCAUAAAGAACAGACAUAGUGAAUAAACCAUUAACUUAAGUGUAAACUUCCAUAACAUUCUAAUAUUUAAAAGAAAAUAUAUUACUACUUCCUUAACACUAGAGAAAGCAACUUCACUAAGAUUCUGAGGUUACUCAGUACAGUGCCAUCGUUGGCACUUAUCUUUGUUAAUCGGCUUUGGAAAUGGCUGCUGCUUGAAUGACAAAAACACUGCUUAGAAAGAAAAAAUAAGUAGCUAUAAUUACCAAAUUGCACCUUACAUCUACUAAUAAGAAAGCAAUUGAACUAUCUGACAUUACCUGUUUGUAAUCACGUGUAUUAUAUAAAAAUUGCAUUUAUUCUGUAUUGUUUUGUUGGAAUUUCUUUGUUCAAAUGUUUAGAGACAAUGGCUCAAACUUCUUCUCCUAUAUUAAACAGUAAAUGUAUUUAAGAACUGUG